AAUAAAAUGUAAAAUGUUUAUUGUGUCGUCAUAUCCGGUAAGAACGUCACACUUCCUGUCUUCUUCCUCCGUGUAACAACAUUAACGCAACAAUGGCGUCCUCUAGUCAGGAGUCUGCUCCAGCCACUGAGAAGGAACAACCUGAAGCUCUUCCGUCCCAGAAGAGAGAGGCGACUCUGAGGAAGUUUAGAGAGCUACACUUCAAACGGAAUGAAGCCCGUAAGCUCAAUCACCAGGAGGUUGUGGAGGAGGACAAGAGGCUGAAGCUACCUGCUAACUGGGAGGCUAAGAAAGCCAGACUGGAGUGGGAGCUUGCUGAAGACGAAAAGAAAAAGGACUGUGCUUCUAGAGGGGAGGACUAUCACAGAGUGAAACUGCUUGAAAUCACAGCCGACGAUGCAGAGCGCUGGGAGAGGAAGAAAAAGAAGAAGAACCCAGACACAGGAUUUGCAGGUUAUGCCGAGGCUCAAUUCCGACAGUACCAGAGGCUCACCAAGCAAAUCAGACCAGACAUGGAGGGCUAUGAGAAGCAGAGAGAGGAAUGCGGUGAGGACUUCCACCCCACGACCAACAGCCUGAUCCACGGCACCCAUGUUCCCACAAAGCAGGGCGUUGACCGCAUGGUGGAAGACGUUGAGAAACAGAUAGAGAAACGGGCCAAGUACAGCCGACGCAGGGCGUACAACGACGACGCCGACAUCGACUACAUCAACGAGAGGAACGCCAAGUUCAACAAGAAGGCGGAGCGCUUCUACGGCAAAUACACGGCCGAGAUCAAACAAAACUUGGAGAGAGGCACGGCCGUCUAGCGGGUCCAGUUCCCUCAGUGGACAUGUUGAGAUUUGUCUUCAUUUAUUCAUCUUGGAUGCAUCAUUUUCUUCUGUAUACACAACAUACAUGUAUGAAAAAUGCUAAAAAAUGGACUCUGUCUUUUAAGGCAGUCGUCUAACAUUUUAAUUUUUGAGUUCAGUUAUCUGUAAGAAAUGAUUUGUGGUGUUCUUUUGUACAGUAAUACAAGUUAAAACAACUUAUGAUUAUUAUUAUCCUUUUUCUUUUUAAAUAAACCACUUACAGUUAUAUUA